AAAUUAUUCUUGCUGGCAUUCAGUCGAAACAUUCAAAAUGUGCAAAAUAGAAAUCAACGCAACUGUUUUCUUAAUAAUACUUCAAAUAUUCUUGGUGGCAGCAGCUGCCUUCGAAGAGACGAAUGAAUCGGACGGGCAAAUGGCAGAAAACUGCUGCAGUCAGACCUAUGAAACUGUGAAACCGUUGCUUGAUUAUUUUAGACAACAGUUAGAAGACAGUGAAAUUAAGGCAAAUAAGUUAAAUGAAUUAAAUUCUGAUCUUAUGGAAAAGUAUCAUGAAAUUGUGAGAAUUCAUGAAAAUCUCAUGAAGGAGGCAGCUCUAUUAGAUGAGUAUAAAAACAAAGUACUUAAAGGGGAAAGCGAUUUGCAAUUGAGUAAAAAUAAAGUUGAGAAAUUAGAAUCUGAGAUUAAUUCGCAACAAAAUAUUAUUGUGAAAUUAAAAGGAGGAUUAGCUGAUAAAACAACUAACUUAGAAAAUGGCGAACUUCAAUUUAAAAACCUUAAUUCUGGCUUAAUUGAAAAAGAUGAAAAUAUAAAAAGAUUUAGUGAGAAUAUUCAAAAUAAUACUGAGCAUCAGAAAACACUUGAAGUGCAAUUAGAGAAGAGUAAAACUAAAUUAAUAAGUCAAGAUAAAGACAUUCAGUUAUGCCAAUCUGCAAUUGAUACAUUAAAUCGGACAUCAGAAAACAUCAGAGAACAACAGAAAAAAAUUGAAUUGCAAUUAAAAGAGAGUGAAGCUAAGCUAAUAGAUAAAGUGAAAGAAAAUCAGUUAUGUCAAUCUGAACUUAAUAAGUUAAGUCCCACAUCUUGCAUCCCAUUUGGAGAUUCAGAUGUUCAUCAACUUAAUGUUUCUGGAGUUGGUUUCUUUGAUGUUUUAUGCGAUAGUCAGUUAGCUGGACCUGGAUGGAUUGUAAUACAACAACGAGUUGGGGGAAAUGAGGAUUUCAAUAGGGAUUGGGCAACGUAUCGCAAAGGUUUCGGUUCUUAUAGCAGCGAUUUCUUCCUCGGACUAGAGAAAAUACAUCGUAUCACGAGUUUGCAGCGUCACGAACUUUAUAUUCAUUUGGUUGCUGUGAGUGGAAGUACCUUCAACGCUCGAUAUGACGACUUCAAAAUAGCUGACGAAGACAGUGGAUUUAAACUGAGUUUGGGUAAAUUCAGUGGUACUAUUAAUGAGGAUGCGAUGAGAAACGGCGAAAACAUGAAAUUCACAACAUUCGAUCGCGACCACAACAUUCAGAAUGGUAAUUGCGCACUUCAUUACAAAAGUGGCUGGUGGUACACGUAUUGUUAUAAUUGUAAUUAAAAUGCACCAUAUGGGCCAGAUCUAAAUUGGUACCGACGAAAUCCAUUGAAAGAAGCAAAGAUGCUAAUUCGCCCCAAAAGAAGCGAUGAAGAAGUGAGCAACUGAAGAGCCGAAAUUCCGAUAUUUUACUAAAUAAUGUAAUCAUUUAUAUAAUAUAUAAUUGGUGCAUUAAGAAAUUGCGUUCUGAAUAAAAAAAACU